GUGCAUGUCAGACCCAAUAGUACAGGAUGUAUGGGCGGCUAACCUGGAAAAGGAAAUGGCUGUUAUUAGAGACAUAGUAGAACUAUAUCCCUUUGUAGCCAUGGACACAGAGUUUCCUGGAGUCGUUGCAAGACCAAUUGGCAAUUUUCGUACUUCAUCAGAUUAUCAUUAUCAAACGCUACGGUGUAAUGUAGAUCUUCUCAAGAUCAUUCAGCUGGGAUUGACAUUUUCAGACUCGCAUGGCAACUUACCUCCUGGGAGAACAACAUGGCAGUUUAAUUUCAAGUUUAGUCUCAGCGAUGACAUGUAUGCACAGGACUCGAUUGAUUUACUCACAAAAUCUGGUAUCGAUUUUAAAAAGCAUGAGAAAUAUGGCAUUUCGGUGGAGCAAUUUGGAGAACUAAUGAUUAGUUCAGGACUAGUUUUAUUGGAUGAUGUUAAAUGGAUUUCAUUUCAUAGUGGAUAUGAUUUUGGCUAUUUACUUAAAGUUGUUACUUGUCAGGAACUUCCUGCAGAGGAAACAGCAUUUUUUGAACUGCUUAAAUUGUAUUUUCCGUGUAUUUAUGAUGUCAAGUUUUUGAUGCGAAGCUGCAAAAAUCUAAAAGGAGGACUACAAGAUGUUGCAGAUGAGCUUCAGGUAGCACGAGUUGGGCCACAACAUCAAGCAGGCAGUGACAGUCUGCUUACAUCAAAAACGUUUUUCAAGAUGCGUCAGCUUUAUUUUGAAGAUACUAUUGACGACGAAAAAUAUUUGGGAUGUCUUUUCGGAUUAACCGGUUUGAUACCCCAGGCAGUAUAAUGACAAUGAGUUUGAAAUUUAAA